UUGCCAAAACUAACUUCUUCGCAUGUGAGAGUCAAAACUUGCAUGUGGAAAAACGAGUUAAUAUACAGGUUGGAGUGUUUUUCUUGUUUCGUCUUCGUUAAGUGAAUGUGCUACGUGUUAUUAUCACAAAUUUUCCGAUUUUGGUUGAAAGAAUGUCGAGCAGCGAAAUCGUGUCAUUUUACACCGGAAAAAACUUCUUCAUAACUGGGGCCAGCGGUUUCGUUGGUAUUUGUCUUUUGGAGAAGAUUCUCCGCGUGAUUCCCAACCAUGGUCAGAUCUACCUUCUCCUGCGCCCCAAGAAGGGGAAAGCCAUAAACGAGCGACUUGAAGAAAUCAAAAAGAACCAAAUUUUUGAAAAAUUACUCGCUAAUCGAAGCGUCGAGGACGUGUUUCGCGGCGUCCAAGCAAUCGCUGGUGACGUAGGCCAGGACAAUUUGGGGAUUUCCCCCGAAGAUCGUCGCCUACUUGUCGAGAAUGUCAAUGUUAUAAUCCACUCAGCUGCGACUUUAGAUUUCGGUGAUACGUUGAAAACUACAGUAAAUAUUAAUCUUUUGGGGACACGUCGCAUCACCCAGUUGGCUAAGGAGUGUCGACAAUUGAAGGUUCUGACACAUGUUAGCAGCGCCUACGUGAAUUCGUAUCGCCUGGAGUGUGAAGAAAUCAUCUAUGACAAGCCAUGUGACAGCGAGGAGCUGAUCUCAUUGGUGGAGAAGCUAAGCGAGGCGGAGCUUGAGAAGCAAACACCGGAAAUACUCAAAGAUCACCCAAACACCUACACCAUAACCAAACAUUUGGCCGAACAUGAAAUAAAAAACUGCGAAACGAUUUUUCCCUGCACUAUUGUACGGCCUAGCAUGAUUAUUGGGGCGUGGAAGGAACCCAUCCCUGGAUGGACAAUCAGUAAAAAUGGGCCUCAGGGCUUCCUCAUGGGGGCUGCCAAAGGGGUGAUUCGCCGACUUCCGGUCGGUAAAAGCCUAAUUUAUGACUACAUCCCUGUUGAUGUAGUUGUUAAUAAUUUACUGGCGGCUGGGUACAGUGCUGCCACCCAUAACGCCAAACAAGUGGAAGUGUAUCACUGCACGUCUAGCACUCGUAACCCGUUCUCUUGGAUUUUAAUCGAGGAUCGGGUUAAUAGUUUUUUGCACGAAUAUCCGUUAAAGUCAGCCGUUUGGUAUCCGUAUUUGAAGUUUUUGCCCUCUGUUACGUGGUACAAAAUUUCCGCCUUUUUCGUACACAUUCUGCCAGCGAUACUUCUCGAUUUUGUCACUAGAGUCGCUGGGGGGCGCCCUAUCUUAAUGAAAUUACACCGAAACGUCAACACGUCACUAGAUCGUUUGGAAAAAUUCAUUUUCACCGAAUGGAAAUUCCACGCAACUAAAACCACACAACUGCACAAAUCGUUAUCAAAAACGGACCAAGAAUUAUUUAUUUUGGACAUAACAACGCUGGUUUGGUUGGAUUAUUUCAAAGAUCUAGCAGUCGGGGCCCGAGUCUACUUAAACCGCGAACCUUUGAAAAAUCUAGCCGGCGCCAAAACCAAAGAUAAUAUCUUGAUGAUUCUGCAUCUAGCCAUGCAGGCGGCGCUUUUUUCACUCAUUUGGUAUUUGUUUGCGUGCAUUUUCGGCAUGAAAAUGUCGUCGUCAGCGUUCGUUGUCCCGAUUGGUUAUUUUGUAUUCAGUUUGUUGUAAUUUUUGUAUUAAUUUGAAUAUAUGGUUGAAAUGAA